CAUGCCCGAAACGUCGAAUCUCCUGCUCUUUGGAUGCUGCCUGACCUGCUGCGCUUUUCCAGCAACACAUUUUCAGCUCUGAUCUCCAGCAUCUGCAGUCCUCACUUUCUCCUCUAUGAUUUCAAAGACACAUUGUCGAUCACGUCAACGUCUUCAAUAUAUAAAAAAAAACCCGUUUGCACUCGCCUGGCAUCAAGCCCGCCUUCCUUUGCUCCGUCUCUGAUUCGUGCCAGUGAAUUCGGAGUGAGAUCGCGGAUGAUGCACAGAACUGAUUGGGCUCAAUCGAUAAAUGGCUAAACAUUUCAUUAACCAAGUGUUAAAGUCAGAAUAGCAUCUAGACAGGAAGAUGCUGGGAGCUUCUGUGGACUCCUCCACCAAUGAGUCUUUCGAAUAUCUGAACAUUUCAUGUUUGGGGAACAUCUGUAGUAACACGACAGUCGCUCCGAGCCCCCCAGUGUUGAUGGACGCCUGGCUGGUGCCUCUCUUCUUCGGGAUUCUCAUGGUGGUGGGUCUGGCUGGAAACUCGCUAGUGAUUUAUGUGGUAACGAAGCACAAGCAGAUGCGCACAGUUACCAACUUUUACAUAGCAAACUUGGCUACAACUGACAUUAUCUUUUUGAUAUGCUGUGUCCCAUUCACUGCAGUCCUAUACCCACUCCCGAGCUGGAUUUUCGGGGAAUUCAUGUGCAAAUUUGUCAAUUACAUACAACAGGUAUCAGUACAGGCAACAUGUGUCACAUUGACUGCAAUGAGUGUAGACAGGUGGUAUGUGACAGUAUACCCACUCAGAUCCCUGAGGCAGAGAACACCCCGGGUGGCAAUGGCAGUCAGUCUUGGAAUAUGGAUUGGGUCUUUUAUUGUGUCCAUACCAGUGGCUAUGUAUCAGAAGAUUCAAAAUGGAUAUUGGUUUGGGCCCCAGGUGUAUUGCAGUGAAUCUUUCCCUUCUGCUUCCCACGAGAAGGCCUUUAUCCUACAUAACUUCUUAGCUGUCUAUCUUCUUCCAUUGGUCACGAUCUGUGUAUCUUAUACUGCCAUGCUGCAUCAGAUGGGGCGGCCAGCUGUGGAACCUAUUGACAACAACUACCAGGUUCAACUUCUUGCUGAAAGGUCUGAGGCUAUGCGCACAAAGAUCUCCAGGAUGUUGGCCGUUAUGGUCCUUCUCUUUGCCCUUUGUUGGGGUCCCAUCCAAUUGUACAUUCUUUUCCAAUCUUUUCUUCCAAAUUUUAACAGGAAUUACUAUACAUACAAAGUCAAGAUAUGGGCGCAUUGCAUGUCCUACACAAACUCCUCCAUCAAUCCCAUAGUAUAUGCAUUCAUGGGAGACAACUUUAGAAAAUCAUUCAAAAAGGCAUUCCCGUUCAUUUUCAAACAGAGAGUUGGGAACACAAACAGUGGAAAUGCUGCUGGCAACACAGAGAUGCAUUUUGUUUCAUCUGGAACAUAAGGGAAUUUGAUAUUUUGGGAUAUAUUGCUUAAUUAUUGAAAAUAUGUAAGUUGAACCAGGAAGGUCUGAUAGAAGACUUUAUAUCAACUAUUAUUAGAAUUUCAUUCUCUUUGGCUAAGUGCCAGACACCCAUUAACAGUAUCAUUCAAACUUUACAGUGAAUUGUUGUUCCCACACAAUCUGGAAUGCCAGUAACAUCAUUCUGUUUUCACAUAAAAUAAAUAUACUUAUUAUUCACAUCAUUUAUCAAUUUUGAAAGAUACUUUUUCUGUAGAUGAUCAGAAUUUAAAGCCCUGAUGGUGUAAGGAAGUGUCUUACAUCAUGGUUAACUGAUCCAUAAAAUCCAGAAAAGCCCUAAGAUUAAUCUCUAGACUUUGCUGAAGUAGAUGGCAUCUGUCAAGUUUCUCACUGGAUGUUUCAGCUGGUCUCGGAAGGGAAAAAUGCAAAUAAAUGUGCUGUUCUUGACUAUUAUCCAAUGAUCUUUACUGUAAAUUGUGUGUGCAUAUGGAUGUGCGUUGAGUGAAGGAUUAGGUGCAUGUCUGAUAGUUCUUGUAAUUCAACUGUUGUCACAUGUUUAUGUUCUUAGUGCCUCCUGGUGCUUCACUGAGGGUAAUGAGAUAGAGGGUCAAAAAGGUAAUGACCUUAUACUUAAAGGUAUCCAUUAUUUACAACAAUCAUGUUGCAAGUAUGUAGUUGUGAAUUUUAAUUAAAUAGGUGAUCUGUUCUAUAUUUCAUUAAUUUAUAUUUUGAGUGAAGCAGUGAAAGGAUGAAUUUGGAACAGUCACAUUUAAAGAAAGCAAAAUAUAGAAUAUGGAAAUCUAUAAUUUUUUGCAACUUUGACCCUCAGGGGUUGCUUAGUUUAUUUUACAGUGCAGGAAAUGAUUGUAAUGACAAAGUGUGAAGUACAGAGAUGUCCUGUACAUAUUUACAUGAUGGUGGGGUCCUCCAAAUCAGUGAUGUAACCAUAUAUACUGGAUGCGUCCAAGGCAGAAACACAAACCACAGUAGAAGGAUGUCUACCCCAGUCCCAACCUCAAGAUAAUUGCUGUCCAAUAGACACAAAAUGCUUGACACAAAGCAUCAAUAGAAUGUGCCUGACAGGCUCAUAGUACUAAUCCACACACCUAGCUCUCAUAUAAUUUAAGAGAUGUCUGCAGAGCUUGAUGAGAAACAAAAUUGUCGUUUUUUUCAAGUCAAGAAGAAACCAUAAUUCUUUUGCGACCUCAGAACAUCCCAAAGCACGUCACAGCAAAUUAACUUCUUUUUAGGCAGAGUGAGAGUUGUAUAAAAAAAGAUUUCCUGUCCUGAUCUCUACCCAUUAUAUGUGUCACUUAUGUAUAACAAAAUCACACAAAUAACAAUUAAUAAUAAUUAGAUCAAUAAUUUAGUGAUGCGGAUAGAGGAGAAUUAUUGGCCAGAAUACUAGGAUUCCAUUCUGUCAUGGGAUCUUUUGCAACCACAUGAGAAGGCAGACGGAGCCUCAGUUCAACAUCACAUUUGGAAGGUGGCAUUUCUGCUUCCUUGCAACUGUAUUGAACUAUUAGCCUGGAUGAUACUUUAAAAAUCCUGAAAUACGAUUUGAAACCGUAACCUUCUGGUCUCAGGUAAGGAUGCUACCUGCCCUCUUAGCCACAGCUAAUAUAUUGAAUGUUGAAUCCUCUCUUUGAAGAGCUCUGAGCUCCAAGAUGUUUAUAAAUACUGUAGAAUAUCACUAUUUGUAUUUAAUCUCUGUGCAUCUUGAUAAAUUGCUUCAUGUACAAAAUAAACAUUCAGCAUGUUUUUAUGUAUUGA